AUGGCUUCUUUAUAUACAAAAGCUGCAAAUUCCGCUUUCCGUAAUGUUUAUGACCUCACUUAUGAAGGUGAUUACAAAGACUCUUUUGAAGGUUUCUAUGCUGACAUGAAAGGUGAACUGAACAAAGAGACGAUUCCCGAGUUGAUGUCUCAUUAUCCAACAGUAGAGCAAAUAAACAAAGACUGCCCAGACACAGUGAAUCCAAGUUAUUUCAAACAGAAUCAUUUGGACGAUUGUGAAGGUGUAUUUGAAGUCAUUCCAAAGAAGAUAUAUCAAGUGAGACCACGGUCUAUUGAUUAUGCCAAUUUCACGGUUGUAAGAGGAAAGACUGGUUGGGUUAUAGUCGAUUGUAUGUCAUCAGUCUAUUCUUGCAAAACAUGUUUUGAUCUCAUUCAAAAUACAGUAGAAAAAUUGAAAGUUUCAGCAAUCAUAGUCACACAUUCCCAUGGUGACCAUUAUAUGGGAUAUGACGCAGUUGGAUAUGAUACCGUUCCACUCUAUUUACCAGACAAUUUCAAGCAGAUGUGUUUUGAUGAAAAUGUAUGCACUGUUGAGGUAAUGGGAAGACGAAGUGAAUAUCAAUGCGGUGUCUACAAUAAGUCUCCAAAUAUGGUUGGAAGUUGUUUGGCGCCUUCAAGACUUCCAAAAGUUGAUGGUAAAAGUGGGUCAUAUCCACACUCACAAAACACGACUUAUAUCAAAGAGAAUUGCACUUUAGAAGUCGAUGGCCUUCAAGUCGAUUUUAUUCCAACUCCAGACACAGAAGCACCAGCAAAUAUGAUGUGUUACUUUAAAGAUUAUGAAACAUUAAGUGCAGCAGAUAACAUGUUACACUUUUUACACAAUUUGGUCACACUUCGUGGUGCCAAAGUACGCAGUGGAAAGUUGUGGAGUAAAUGUAUUGAUGAUGCCAUUGUCAAGUAUGGAAAGACUGUUCAACAUCACUUUGGUGGACAUGACUGGCAUUUGAAUGGAAACGAAAAGAUCAAUCAUUAUUGGGUUGUCCAGAGAGACAUGUUCAAAUAUCAACAUGACCAAGCACUAAGAUAUGCCAACAAAGGGUACACUCCAAACGAAAUAGCAGACGUUGUGCAAUUUCCAAAGAGUUUAGCCACAGAACAUUGCUGCAGAGGGUUUUAUGGUAAUUUGAAAAAUAAUGUGAAGUCGCAAUACAUGAUGUAUCUUGGGUGGUAUGAUAACAAUGUUGCACAUUUAAAUGAACUUCCGCCAAAAGAAAUAUCAUUGAAAUAUGUAGAAGCUUGUGGUGGUAUAGAGAAGGCGCUUGCAGUGGGUCAAAAGGCUUAUGAUUGUGGAGAAUAUAGAUGGGCUUCUACUAUAUUAAACUAUGUUGUCUUUGCCGACAAAACAAAUCAAAAAGCAAGAAACUUAUUGGCAGAUGUCUACGACCAAUUGGCGUACCAAUGUGAAAGUGCUUUGUGGGUCAAUUCUUAUAACACUGCAGCUAUUGAGUUAAGAAAUUUAGAUUGGAAACAACCAAGACCAAAGGGUGUACCAUUCAAUGAAUACCCUAUUUCGGCAUUUUGUGAUUUAAUGUGUGUUUCUGUCGAUCCAAAGGUACUUGGUAACAUGUUUGAGACUGUCAAAGUUGUAUACAAAGAUACAAAAGAAGAAAGAAAUUUAGUGGUCAGCAAUGGCACCUUACAUGUUAGAGAGUGUAAUAUAGAUGACACUUUCACCGCUUCUAUUGAAGGAAAUAGAAAGGACGUUUGCGAACUUUUGCAAAAGAAUUUGACUUUUGAUGAUGCAAUGAAAGAUACAAAUUUCAAAUUUACUGGAGUGGAAAUUGUGAAAAAGCUCCUUGAAGCAUUAGACUUUUCUGUGAAAUACUAUAACUUCGUUGAGCCACAGUAA